UUUGGUUUUUUUAGCGUAGAAAAAAUUCAGUUGGUAUAUUAGUCGGUUUCAAAAUUGGGUAGUUUAAUAGAAAUAAUAGAAAUCCGGGAGUAGAAGAGACUCGGUACGGUGACUUUCUUACUAUCGCGGUUGAAAAUAACAGUUCAUUCGAGUUCUUAUAAUUGUUAUAUUUAGGAAGUGUUAAACUGUUAUACUUAGAGGUUAGAAGAUAAUUAGAUCAAUUGAAAAAUGGGAAACUCGUCGUCAAGCUCUCGUGAACCACUUGAACAUGGUUUUACAAGAGGUGUCAAAGAUUUAAAUAAGCCCGCAUCAUUUCGAUUUAAUAGAAAGUCACCAAAGAAAAUGGAUCCCUCGCAACCAUGUUUUCAUGAGUCGUUUCGACGAAGAAAUGAUUGGGUAACUGAGUCAUCGAUACUACAUCAAUGGCAAGCAGAUGAAGAAGCUGUUCGUUCAGCAACAUGUUCAUUCCCUGUAAAAUAUUUAGGUUGUGUUGAGGUAUUUGAAUCGCGCGGCAUACUAGUUUGCGAGGAGGCCUUGAAAGUUUUAAGGAAUUCCAAUCCUGUUCGUCCAGUUCGUGGCAUGCUUCAUAUAAGUGGGGAUGGUUUUCGUGUAGUCGAUGAUAAAACGAAAGGUCUUAUUGUUGACCAGACCAUUGAGAAAGUGAGUUUUUGUGCGCCAGAUCGUAAUCAUGAACGUGGAUUUAGCUAUAUAUGCCGAGAGGGUACUACUCGUCGUUGGAUGUGUCAUGGUUUUCUUUCAUGCAAGGACAUUGGUGAACGUCUAUCGCAUGCUUUUGGUCAUGCGUUUGCCGUUUGUUUGGAACGUAAACAACGUCGGAAAAAGGAGUGUGGUGUAACAAUGACAUUUGAUGCAAAAAGUGCAAAUUUUACACGUACUGGCUCAUUUCGUCAGCAAACUCUAACUGAACGUUUGGCAAGUAAUGAACGUAGUGUCGACACACAUGAAGUGGCAGUUCCACCACAGCUACAGGCAAAACUAUACAAUCCAUUUGCCAUUGAAAGACCUCAUGCUACAGCAGCCAUGCUAGAAAGGCAGGGUUCAUUUCGAGCCUUCAGCACAAUCGGUAGUCAGUCGCCUUUCAAACGACAAAUGUCGUUGCGUAUUAAUGAUCUUCCGUCCAAUGCAGAGCGGCAAAAAGCAUUCUUAACAGCUAAUACCAACACACUUGCUUUAACUACUCCCAAUCGUGGUGUUUCACCUAUACCAGAAGUCUCACCGGCCAAAGCAAGACUUGAUACAGAAAUCGAUAGUAGUACAACAGUUGAUACAGUAAGUCAGCUAUGUCAAGAGCUGAGCCAAGGCUUGUCAUUACUAACACAAACAGACACAUUGAUUGGCACUGGAGACGAUCUUAAUUUCAAUAAUAAUUUAAGUAUUAAUCAGAAUAUUAUUGCAGCUGAAAAACAACAACAGAAAAUAGUUACUGCAUCGCCUAUAAUAUCAAACAGUUAUGGGUAUAUUGCUACUGGAAUAAGCAGCACUAAUAGUACACCUACUGCACAAGUAACGCCGCGAAUUGCCUCCAUUUCGCCAGUUUCCAGAACUUCGCCACCAAUGAAUUCAACUGAAACGACAUCUCAAGCAGUUAUAACGCCAACAACAAAUGCCGUUGCAAUAUUAACACCACCAACAACAACAAUAGCAGCGCCAGUAACAAUGACUGUAUGUCCGGUUGAAGUAGUUGCGCCACUACCCAAUGCUGAUCAUUGGUAUGGUCAAGUAGUCAAAAGUACUUCACCAGUACCAAUUAAACGUGCACCACUCUGUGCUGUAACGGGUCAAGCACAAUCGUUAAGCUCAGCACCAAACGCUGUAGACCCCUUUGACACAGAAUGGGUUGCUAACUUAACAAAACCACUAUCGCCAGACUUACCAGUUCCCCAAGGCAAAGCACCACUACACAGCACCAAUCCAUUCCUUGCACCUCUUUAGCCAACCUAGACAUUUCAACCCAGACCCAGACAUUAGAACUUUGAAGAAAUGAAACAAAAAUCAAGCGAGGGAUCAAUACAAACCAACACAUCCAUACAAACACACAAACACAUACCUAAAAUUUAGAAAAAGUAAAAAUUAUAUUAAAAAUAAAUAAUCAUUAUUAGCACAAGGAUUGCAAAUUACAAAAUUACUAAGAAGCAGAUAAACAGUUUUUGAGGAUUCUACCUUGUCCGGAUGAGAAUGCGGAUAUCUAUGUUACUGCAGCUUAUGAUGAGGAAGUUAUGAACUAGAAAAUCAAAACCGACCAUUCGUACGAGUAUUUAUUUUUGUUUGCGAUUACAAAUAACCUGAACAAAAAUUAGUUACUUAUAAUAUUUAAACGUUGUUACUUAACUACAAUUAAAUUAUUCAUGUUAAAUACUUAAACAUUUUAUAAAAAUAAAA